CAGGUCAGUGGUCACUAACUAACCUCUUCACCACUCACCUCUUCUUCUCUGCUCAGUGAAGGAAGUUCAAAACACACCAUUUUACACACCUCUGUAGUUGGAAAGGUGUGUCGGAUAUUAUCCCAGUGAGCUUGUCAUUCAAGUGUAACAUUUUUUUUACACUGGUAAGAGAAAGAGCCAUCAUCACAAUGCUGCUCAAGGAGCUGUAUCUGAUUAUUUUGAUUGCUGCCAGUUACCCAUGGCUGACAAGAGAAAGUGAACUUGCUCCAACGUCAUCGUUCAAACAACAGAUCCUGUGUGCCAGGUCGUCACUGCUCUAUUGCCACACUGGUGUGAUACACAUCUGGACUGCCAAAAAUAUUCACGUGGAUUCACCAGACUGCCCCUCGUCUUCUGGUGGGGUUGACUGUUCAAAUACAAAUGUCCAAACGCUAAUAUCAGAGAGCUGCAAUGGAAAAGGGCAGUGUGACACUGGGCCUUACGUCAACUGUGACAAAAACUUCAACGCCCUGGACAUCCUCUACACCUGCCAGACAACCAAAAAGGUCUUUACUUGUGAUGGUGGUGGUCACAGCAAUGUACAGCGUCUUCAGUGUGGUCCAGGAGAGGGAGUGUUGAGCAUCCUGAGUGCAAAGUACAGUCAUGACAACCCCGCCUGCGCCCCCGCUAAUGAUCCUGUCAAGCACCCGGCACAGUGCUCUCUUACUCCCUUACCACAGAGGUGUGAUUGGAGGAGCCAGUGUGAGAGCAGUGUAGUGUCCCUCGCUGAACCCUGCCCAGGGCUCCCUAAGCACCUGGAGACCACAUACACCUGUGUGCCAGCAAAAUCAUUGGUGGCAUGUGAUGGCCAGCCUUUGACCAUCGACUGUGGACAAGAUGUCAUAAAAAUCCUCUAUAGCAAUGAGGGACGCAGAGAUCUGACUACCUGCAAUCGAGGAUGGCGCAAAAAUCAGUUUCAUUGCUAUUCUGAAAAAACCUUCUCCCACAUGGCUAACAGGUGUGACGGGAAGACUCGGUGCACUGAGAUGGCUUCAAGUCCCUUGUUCUCUGAACCUUGUCCUGGGAUCUUUAAAUAUUUGGAAGUUUCAUUCACCUGUCUGCCUGCAGAGCGGACGAUUACGUGUGAAGGCUCAUUCACCACCCUUGCCUGCGACCAUGGUGCCAUUAAGAUCCACUCUGCCACAUUUGGGCGCUCGGACAAAAAAAUCUGCUCUGAAGGCCGACUUGCUUUUCAAACAUCUAAUGAUAAGUGUGGCGGUGCCAAUGAUGUGAUGGGAGUGUCUGAAAAGUGUGACGGCAAAACUACCUGUGAUCUGCAUGCCAGCAAUGGAGUUUUUGGGGAUCCUUGCACUGGAACCUACAAGUACCUGGACGUGCGCUACAGCUGUGUGCCUUUCAAUCCAUGGACUGAUCUCCACUCAAUAGAGUUUGCAAGUCACCUGGAAGCACGUAGUCUUACCAUUGAGCAGAAGCUUAUGCGACUAGACAUAACAGCAGGAAGUCCUUAUAGCUCACGCGAGAGGCUGGUCACUAGUCUAGUUAGAGUCAUCAUCACAAUGCUGCAUAAGGAGCUGUAUCUGAUUAUUUUGAUUGCUGCCAGCUAUCCAUGGUGGACAAGUGCAGACGAACCUUUACCGUUCAAGCAACAAAUCACAUGUGCCAGGACACCACUUCUGCAGUGCCACACUGGCGUGAUAAAGAUCUGGAAUGCUGAAUAUACUCUGGUGGAUUCACCAGACUGCCCCUUUUCCACUGCUGGGAUCAACUGUCCUAUUACACUAAAUGUCCAAACACUAAUAUCAGAGAGCUGCAAUGGGGAAGAGCAGUGUGACACCGGACCUAUUAUUGAGUGUGGGAGACAAUACAACGCCCUGGACAUCCGCUACACCUGUCAUACACCCAAGUCGUCAUCGAUUGCCUGUGAACAGACAUCUUUGACCAUCGACUGUGGACAAGAUGUUAUCAAAAUCCUCAGUAGUAACUAUGGACGCACAGAUCGCACUACCUGCAUAGCCGGACGGCCCAGCAAUCAGAUUCAAAAAACAGACUGCCAUGACGAAAAAGCCUUUGCCUACAUGGCUAAAAGAUGUGACGGGAAGACUCAGUGUUCUGCAGUGGCUUCAAACUCUGUGUUCUCAGAUCCUUGUGGGGGAACCUUUAAGUAUUUGGAAGUCUCAUACACCUGUCAGCCUUCAGGAGGUCAUCAUAAUGGUGCACCAACCACCACUCCUACAAAAACCAAGCCCACAACCACCCCAAAACCAACGACUAAAACAACAGCCACUACCACAACCACCACCACAGUAAAACCAAACGAGGGGUUCUGUGCUGGUAAAGCAGAUGGGCUCUACGCCAACCCCGAGGACAGUUCAUCCUUCUACCAGUGCGCCCAAGGUGGCCGAACCUUCCUGACGAGUUGCGGCCCAAACCUGGUGUUCAGGGAGUCAUGCAAGUGUUGUGACUGGAAACAGCCCACGGAGUUCUGUGUGGGUAAAGCCGACGGAAUCUACGCAAACCCUGAAGAUGAAUCCUCCUUCUACCAAUGCGCUAACGGCAGGACAUUUCUGCAGAACUGUAACGCAAACCUGGUGUUCAGGGAGUCAUGCCAGUGCUGCGACCGGAAACCAGUCACAGAGUUCUGUGCGGGUAAAUCUGACGGCCUUCAUGCCAACCCGGAAGACCAGUCUACAUUCUACCAGUGUGCUCAUGGAACGACCCACCUGCAGAACUGUGCUCCUACCCUGGUGUUCAGAGAAUCGUGCAAAUGCUGUGACUGGCCAUGUGACGGGAGGACUCAGUGCUCUACAGUGGCUUCAAACUCUGUGUUCUCCGAUCCUUGUUAUGGGACCUUUAAGUAUUUGGAAGUCUCAUACACCUGUAUCUCUCCAGAGUUGUCAUCGAUUGUAUGUGAACACAAAUCUUUGACCAUCGACUGUGGACAAGAUGUUAUCAAAAUCCUCAGUAGUAACUAUGGACGCACAGAUAACACUACCUGCAUAGCCGGACGGCCCAGCGGUCAGAUUAAAAAAACCGACUGCCAUGAGGAAAAGGCCUUUGCCUACAUGGCUGAAAGAUGUGACGGGAGGACUCAGUGCUCUGCAUUGGCUUCAAACUCUGUGUUCUCCGAUCCUUGUCGUGGGACCUUUAAGUAUUUGGAAGUCUCAUACACCUGUCUGCCUUCAGGACAAGAUGUUAUCAAAAUCCUCAGUAGUAACUAUGGACGCACAGAUAACACUACCUGCAUAGCCGGACGCCCCAGCGGUCAGAUUAAAAAAACCGACUGCCAUGAGGAAAAGACCUAUGCCUACAUGGCUCAAAGAUGUGACGGGAGGACUCAGUGCUCUGCAUUGGCUUCAAACUCUGUGUUCUCCGAUCCUUGUUAUGGGACCUUUAAGUAUUUGGAAGUCUCAUACACCUGCCUCUCUCCAGAGUUGUCAUCGAUUGCAUGUGAACACAAAUCUUUGACCAUUGACUGUGGACAAGAUGUUAUCAAAAUCCUCAGUAGUAACUAUGGACGCACAGAUCGCACCACCUGCAUAGCUGGACGACCCAGCCGUCAGAUUCAAAAAACAGACUGCCAUGAGGAAAAGGCCUUUGCCUACAUGGCUAAAAGAUGUGACGGGAAGACUCAGUGUUCUGCAGUGGCUUCAAACUCUGUGUUCUCAGAUCCUUGUGGGGGAACCUUUAAGUAUUUGGAAGUCUCAUACACCUGCCUCUCUCCAGGAAACUGAUGCCGCUGUGCAGCUACUAGCUCACCUUUCACCAAGCCUGAUCUCCAAAGAAGAAUGGAACACAAUUCAUUGAAUCAUAAUCCUGCUGUAUGAAAAGACUUAAUUAAUUGUCUGGAACAGGCAGGAUAAUACUUUCAUUAUAAAUUCAUACUGAUAUAUUUUUCUUCACAUGCUUAAUGCAGAGAAUCACUUUUACAUGCCUGCUCUGAUUCUUUUCUUUGUUACGUUGGGUGAUUGGGAAUACACUGUCUGUCAACCUUGCAAAAGAGUAAUCUCCAGAGUCCCAAAUAAAAUCUUCCACGUAAAAGUGUGAGUGCAAAAACAUA